CGGACCUCUAGUCGCGUGUCUGUUACUAACAGAAGCCCCGUCAUGUGCUUGGUCGUCUAUAUGGCCUGAACGCCCUUGACCAGCGCGUGCUGUCUCUUGCCACACACCUCUGGCUUUGAUGUUUCGCGAGAAUGGCGCGCUCACAUAUCGUCGUGGCCUUGGGCACGGCACUCGUUGCCUCACUGAUCAUCUCACAGCUUGUAAUAAACUUGAGUUUUCCUUCUGUCGAGUUUUGGCACUGGAGACUGGAUUCAACGUACAGUGGCGCACAACAAACAACCUUGAAUGGUGAGAGUCAGUAUGAGGGACUGGUCGAGGAUCCUUCGCAGUACCUGAUUGGAGUGGGAAAGGCGGACAUCACCGGGCCAGUCGUCCAAAUCAAUAUGAUGGGUUAUGCAAACUCGGCCCAAGUAGGAUCAGGUGUUCGUCAACGCUUGUACUCUCGCGCUUUCAUCGUAGGCGAUCCAAGUGAUAUCAGCGAACGCUUCGUCUACAUGGUCCUUGACACCCAGUCAGGAGACACGGCAAUCCGAAAUGGUAUUCUCGAAGGGCUCCAAGAGCUGGGACCUGAGUACUCCAUGUACACGCAGAAGAACGUCGCCGUCACAGCCACGCACAGUCAUUCUGGACCAGGAGCUUGGCUGAACUAUCUCCUUCCGCAGAUCACAAGUUUAGGCUUUGACCAGCAGAGCUAUCGGGCUAUUGUAGAUGGAGCGGUACUGUCCAUCCAGCGGGCGCAUGAAAACCUCGCCCCUGGAACUAUUAGCUUUGGGAGCGCAAAGAUCAACGAUGCGAGCAUAAAUCGCAGUCUGUUCGCCUACCUGGCUAACCCGGCGGCAGAGAGAGCUCGUUACACAGAUGACGUCGAUAAAACGAUGUCUCUGCUCAAGUUCUCGAGGGCCAGUGAUGGAAAGAGCGUCGGCAUUCUGAAUUGGUUUCCUGUCCAUGGUACGAGCCUGCUCGCAAACCAAACUCUCGUCGCAGGAGACAACAAGGGUGUUGCUGCCUAUUUGUUCGAGCAAGACGUUUCUGCAGAUGCGGAUGCUGCCGAUAGAUUCGUGGCAGGCUUUUCCCAGGCCAAUGUCGGUGAUACCACGCCUAACAUCCUUGGUGCAUGGUGUGAAGAUGGCUCAAACUCACAGUGCCGGCUAAACGACACCACCUGUGCAGGCCGGAACCAAGACUGUCAUGGUCGUGGUCCGUACUUCGGUUUGGACGACGGAGGCACAAAGUCAUGCUAUGAGAUCGGCAAACGUCAAUUUGAAGGAGCUAGGAGCAUCUAUGAUACGGCAGAUUUUAUCCCAGUAUCCGGCAACGUUCGUUCAUUCCAUACCUUCGUCGAUUUCUCCAACUUCACUUUCACACUAGAGAACGGAUCUGUCGUAUCCACCUGCCCAGCUGCAAUGGGCUACUCCUUCGCGGCCGGUACAUCUGACGGCUCAGGAGCUUUCGACUUCGUCCAAAACAACCCCGGCACUUCUAGUAACCCAUUCUGGAACGCGGUCGGCGGCCUCAUCGCAGAACCAAACGAAGAGCAAAAGAACUGCCAGUACCCCAAACCCGUCCUGCUCAACGUCGGACAAGCAGAAAGACCAUAUGCUUGGGCACCAAACAUUGUCGAUAUCCAAGUUCUCCGUGUCGGCCAGUUGGUCAUCAUCGUUUCCCCAGGUGAGGCAACUACCAUGUCUGGUCGCCGCUGGCGCGAAGCCGUCCAUGACCAGCUCGUCGCCUCCAACACCAUAGCGGAACCUAUCGUCGUGCUCGGUGGUCCAGCAAAUAGUUACGUGCACUACAUCACCACAGAGGAGGAAUACAACAUCCAGCGCUAUGAGGGCGCUUCGACCCUCUACGGCCCCCACACACUCAACGCAUUCAUCAACUCCACACUCACACACCUCCCCUACCUCGCCGACGACGCAAAAGGUACUCCACCAGCCGGCCCGUCGCCACCAGACAACCGCAACCGCAGUGUCUCCUUUAUCAGCCGGGUUGUCUACGACGGCGCAGGUUUCGGCCAGGACUUCGGACAAGUCAAAACCGACGUAUCGGAAUUCUAUACCCGCGGCGCCAUCAUCUCCGCGACCUUUGUCGGCGCCAACCCGCGCAACAACCUGCGACUUGAGGGCACGUUUGUCGCGGUUGAGAGGGGGAAUGCCGACGGGACCUGGACGCAGAUCAAGAGUGACGAGGACUGGGAACUCGUGUUCCAGUGGAAGAGAGUCAAUAGCCUUACGGGGACGAGCGACGUGACGGUUACGUGGGAUACGGGUCUGACUGGUCCUGGGGUGGGGAUGUAUCGGUUCAGGUACUAUGGAGACUCGAAGAGCGUUGGGGGAACAAUCACGCCGUUUGAGGGGAUGAGUGGGGUGUUUACUCUCACGUAGAUAGAUGUACCAUUAUGCAACGAUACACUACAGCCCACGCAAUCCCUGUGGGUGCAUAACAACAACCCAUGUUCCUGCUUUCGUCGGCAAUACAUCUCACCUUUUCUUUCAAGAUAAACACGCGCUCUCCAACUUCACCUCUCUCGCGCAUCCGCAGAAUCUAACCCCGCAUACCAUCAUACACGAAACACUAUUCUACGCAACUCUUCUCUUCUUUUUUGUCUUGCUGCUGCCUCUUUUAUCCUCUUCACUCUUCCUGUCUCUCUCUGUUGCUGAUUUGAACGCACAUUUAGACUGGAAAGGAAGUAGGUGGCAUAUAAUUAAUUGGCCAGUAGAUCUCCUUUCUGUUCAAUAGCUAGAUACUGUGUGUUUUACACAACUUAACUAUGCAGCAACACGCUCAUUACCUUUCGC